CUUGUGGCCUGUCGCGCCUGCGACCUGUCGCGCUUGUAGCCUGUCGCGCCUGCGAGCUGUCGCGCUUGUGAACCGUCGCGCUUGCGAAUGUCGCGCUUGUGACCCGUCGCGCUUGCGAACUGUCGCGCUUGUGACCCGUUGCGCCUGUGCUUCUUCGCGCUUGUGACCUACGUCGGUAAAGUUAUCAGGCUAUAGUUCAGGCUAUAGCCAUGGCUAUGGCUAUAGUCGUAAGGAAUAUUGCAUUUCGACUAGGAGUACCCUGCUCAGAGGCUAGCAAAGCUGAACGUGAGAAAUUGAGCAGGCGCAAAAUGGGAUGGAUCAAGCAGAUCAAGCAUCAAGGGGAUGGAUCAAGAGGUUUCAAUAUUUGAAACAGAGGCCAAAACUUGUAAUAAUAUGUAAUAACAUGAGAGAAGGGCCCUUCUCUCAUGGUAAUAAGAAUUUGAAAUUGAUUUUAAAGCUAUUCAUUCAUGGUUCCUGGAAGAACUGUCGAGCGAAAGCCUUUUCCCGCCGUUUUUGUUGUGCUGUGAGUGUCAGGGCGUGUGGUGUGGUGAGUGUGGUGUGGUGGAAGGUCGUUGCAAUCCAACCAUGGCUCCAUUCUUGCAGUUCGAUAUAGAACGUAGUUGGUGUGGUAAACAUUGCGACAAAAAUAAUAAUAAAAAGAAUUUUAAAUGGUGGUUGGUCUGAAGAGCUGAAGAAGAAAUUCGAAGAGCUGAUGCCGAAGAGCUGAAGCCGAAGAGCUGAAGCCGAAGAGCUGAAGCCGAAGGGCUGUUUGUGCCGAUUGGUCGUAAAGACAAACAGGACAGUCCAGCGUACUUCACCAAAAUGGAACGAGAACGCCUUCACAGGUGAAUUUUCCUGUUCGGAGCGGAACAGAAGCGGGUGUGAAAUGACUCUCGCAUGAGACAUUGGCCUGCCUCCAACGAUAAUGUCAUCACCAUUUUUGUUGAAAAAUUCGGUAGUAGGGGACCAAAGCGCCGGCGGGCCAAAUCGAAAGCUCAGGCAGUGGAGCUAUCGGGGCGAUCCCCUGAUGAUAAGACAUCCACAGUUGCAGCUUAUGAUGGGAACUUGAGGCAAGUAAUUGUGUUUGUGAGGCUCCUCAUCCCAGCUGAAGUAGCUCGUCUGACAAUACUAAAUCCACUAUUAAUCCUAUUUUAUAGUCCGACUAAAGUUAAGAACGCAACUAGGCUUCUACGAAGAUCUACAAAGAUUGUGUGAUAGCAAUGAAGUGUAAAUAAGCUUCAUUAUCCCCUUUGAUUAACACCUUUGAUGUGUUUUCUGAUUCGGGAGUAGACAUGCACGCCGACCCUACUUUUGGCGGCGGCGGCGGCGUGAGGGCAAAAUUUAGCCAGCGGCGGCGGCGUCGCCGGCGUUCACGCCAAUGGUAUCAUCGGCGGCGGCGGCGGCGUUUCAAGCGCUUCUUGUUCAAAUGAGCGCUAAUUUUGAAUAUGUUGAAUUAAAAAUGUUAAAUUCACAACAAUUUUAAUGGUCUAGAGCAUUAUCACUUCUUGUUGGAAUGGGUCGGAGUAGCGAGAGGACUGCACGUUUGGUAGCCUGUCUUUGGGCACCAAUUGGGCUCCAAAAGUGACGAAUUUGGACCGCGCCGCCGGCUACGCCGCCGAUAAUUUUAA